AUGUGGGAAGGGAUAGUGCAGAAGUUCCUUCACCGAUAUCUAAGCCCCUAUAUCUAUGGACUGCGUAAAGAUAAGGUAACUUUCGGUCUCAUGUCAGGUGACUUAAGGAUAACCGAGUUUUUCGUAAGACCGGAAGUAUCGGAUUUGCUGGACUUGCCUUUUAACGUGGACUACGGUCGGGUGGAUUACCUACAGUUGCAUAUGCCUUGGGGCGGCAUGUUAUUGGGCAAGGCUAACCAACAGGUAUCCUUGACGGCUAGUGGCAUUACGUUGUUCUUGUCACCGAGGAUAAUGGAUGCUGGAGGCGACCCUUAUGAGGAGGCACAGAAAAUGGUGGAGCGUUUGAGACAGCAAAAGUUCAAGUACGUUUUGCACGGCGAAAAGGUUGCAGUGGACAGUUGGCGCCUGGAGCAGGAGGCGAACGAAAAAAAGAACGAUGGGGGUGGAGGUGGUGGAGUUGGUAAUUUCCUGGUUGGAAAGAUGCUGAAGAAUUUGACCAUUGACUUCAAGGACAUUACCGUGUGUAUCCGUGACCCUGCCCGAGAGUUAUUGUUAGGUUCGAAUGUGUGUGCAAUCCAAAUUUACAAUACCGACGACCGAUGGCGGAAAACAGUGGUCGAUAGUGGUAAUAGUGACUCUCAGUAUAAGGUGGCUGAGACCCAAGGAAUUGGGGUAUACUAUGGAAGAUGCCAGUACAUCGAUCCUCCAAUAAUUGAGAAGAUAACUGAGACUAUAGGCGCCAGUCACGAAGGUUCCAUAGAAGGUUCCCCACCUGGCAUGUCUGUUGGGAUGUCUGCGGGCAUGUCUGGUGGUAUGUCUGGUGGUAUGUCUGGCGACUUGAAUUCUAGAGGAGAUGCAGAGCUGAAUUUGAAAGAAGGGACUCUGGACCAAAUAAAGACCAACGCGGCGUAUGGAGAGUUGGGUAAGCGUAUUAAGGGCGUAAUUGGUACGUCGGGGGAGAUAGACGCCGUGGGCGGCUCGGGUUUGGAGCCAGGGCCUGUGGGUGACAAGAAGGUUCGGUUUACAGUAACGGUUGGUGUGGAUCGAACGCGUUCUAAGUUUGUGGCAGGUAAUAACGUGUGUAUGGAUGUGGUCUUACAGGAGUUUGGUUAUGUACUGAAUCCGACGAAUAUCAAGUUGAAUUUGAACAAGAGUAAGUCGGUAGUGGAGGCGACUUUGGUGAUUGACGAGAAGACACGGGGUAUUACGAUCCAGCGAACGCAGCUAAAAAGUUUGUUGGACUUACACCGAGAGAACCAACUGCGUCAAAAAAAUUACCACCGACUUCUGAUGGCUGAGAGUAAUUACGUGAACCUAACGCCAGAGGCUCUGGAGGAUGAUGGCGCAACUAAAAACGAGUACUGGACAUUGUACUCGAAACAGCUGUUGGUAGCCGGUGGGUACAGCGAGGAUGCUCUAACCCCCCAGGAAUUGUCUCGUCUCCGCAUCCUCAACGACAUAGUACCAAGCCGAUUACUUAUCAAGUGGCGUAGUAGAUGUUCUAUUGCGUUUGAAAAACGGAUACCUCGACCGACCAAGGAAGACCGUCCACCACCUAGCUGGUGGAGUCGUCUCACACGCCAAGAUGAGGUCCCUGGCGUCAUCGUCGCUGCUGACUCAGGACCGCCGUUGCUCUUGGACCCUCAGGAAGUCAAAUACCUCCAAAAUGAACUUCAACUUCUUGAUGACAUGGCUCUCUCCUCCAAUAACUCCCUAGCUCUCAAAGUUAGCCUCAACAAAUUCGCCAUCGAACUACUCGCCGACGACCAGGCCAGUUUCCUCCACUUGCUCUUGAGCGGCGUCAGUCUCGAGCUUCUCCUUUCACCAAAAAUCGACCAUGAACUCAGAGAAGUUUACGAAUGGUCUUUCAGUGGCCGAAUGCAGUCUCUUACCUGCAGCCAGUGGGGUGAGACUUGGAUGUACUUCCAAGGUUCACCCAAAGCGGGGUCUCCGCAACAUAGCGUCAGUCAAAGUUUCGCUGGUGACGCUGAACGCAGUGGAACCGGACUCGGCGGCACCGGACGCAGUGGGACCGGACUCGGCGUCACCGGACGCAGUGGGACUGGACCGAGCGGGGCGGGUUUGGGAUCGGGCGUUGAGCAGGGCUACGACCGGCGUGCCAGUUUCGAGUUUGAAGAUGCAGUGGAGGACAUGUCGGAAGAUGGGCAGCGGCUAGACUCAUUGGACUCGAAUGGCAAGAGCUACGUCAAGAGCUUCAGCGGUGCCCGUAGCUUCAGUGGUGCCCGUAGCUUCAGCGGUGCCCGUAGCUUCAGCGGCGUUAAGAGCAUGAGCGGGGUCCUGACCGAAAAGGAUUUGAGUUUGGAACAAAGCCCUGAAUCUCAAUCCGGUCACUUGUUUCAUGAACAGAGUAACAUAGACCAACCAGUAGGUUUGGACUCGGAGGUAAGGAAUGAAGAGCGCGGAGUGGUGGGUAGUUUUGUGGAAGUAACAAACAAGAUUUUAGAGACACAUCAUUUGUUGAGUGUUAGCACACAAGUAUUACCUUUAAUAUUAGAAGUGAAGCCAAGUAUAUUCGUGGAGUUUAUAAAGUUCUUUACAUUCGAAGCAUCAUCGGAGUUUGAGGAAGAGAUGCGACGUGUGAAAGAAAUUGGUGCAUUAAGGGAUAGUGCGCUGAAUGAUCUGGUGAUGGAUCAGACAGAAAAAUUGAAGGCGAAGGUUGCGGUUAAUCAAGCGGCGGAUCAGCGUGUAGCUAAGGCGAAAAGAUUUCGUUGGGAUGUACAUAUGGCGGCCCCGAUCGUCGUUUAUAAUGACCCGAGUGUGGGGAACAUAAAACUUAACUUAGGUCGUCUGGACAUUUCGACACCAGAGGAAAGAACCAUUCAUGACCUGUUAUUCGAUUGUAAGUUAACGGAUAUUAUGUUGAAUUGUGCAGUCUACAACGAGCUCGGUAAACUAUUACCAUCUACUCAAGUCAUUUCACCUAUAUCCAUGAGGGUAUUGGUGAAUUUGGAGAAACUCAAUCAUGUAGAUGUAUGUCUCUCCACAGAGUGUAUCGAUCUUAGAAUAGACCCCGGUCUCAUGCGACUCGUUCGAGACAUACCCCACUCCCUUCGCACCCAGACCAAGACCGAGCCCGACCUGUGUCCAGGACAGACCGACGGCGGCAACUCGGCACCCGAAGAUGAACUCGUAUCACGCUUUAUUCUACAAAGCAGCUCCGAUUACCUAGCCAACAUACCCUCUCUACCCGGCUCCAGCAAUCUGCUGGAGGAUGAGGCUCAUGACAAACAACCCGAACUCUCCAUGCUAUCCGUCCUCUUCAAAUUCAAUAAAAUCUCCUUCACCAUGGAAGACUUUGAAAAGGGUGACCGCCUUAUCGCAAUUUUCGCAAACACUAAUGCUGGUUACCGGAAGGACUGGACCACCGGCGAGUACUACACCGAGUUCCAAUGCGGAAGCUUCCUCGUUGCCGACGGCGUUGAUGACUUUGUCCUCGCCGAAACCGUCGGCGGCGAUGAAGACGUCUUCGCCGACGUCUUACCUACGAGCGUAGCGGGACCAGGCCUUACGGCACCAGGCCUGACGGGACCAGGCCUGGCGGGCCUAGGCCUGGCGGGCCUAGGCCUGACGGGCCCAGCAGGCCUCCCAAGACCAGACCGGGGUCCGUGGGGCGGCAGCAAAGCAUUUGAAGCGCGCUUUUGGGAAAGAGGCGUCAGCAACACGCCGAGCAUGGAGCUGGAUUUCAGCAAAAAGUUCCGGCUCUACGACAUCGCCCUGCCUACUCAACAGUGUCUGGAGGUCCGGGCCACAGUGCUCAGUCUGGACUGGCACCCCUUCUCUGUGGCCAGCAUCAUUUCGCUCGCCUAUGAGUACCUGGACUUGUUAGAGGCGCCCGAGGACGCGACGUACGACUUGGACUCAGUCGUGGAGUCGUUCGGUGAGUCGGCCGACGGGGCUGCCCCAGAGGCGGGGUCUGCACCGGCCCAUUUGGAGGAGGGCGAUAGAGUUGUUGAGGAGACGCCGCACCCGGCGGGCCAACCGACGCCUUCGGUACGAGACCAGAUGCCAGCGGGGCAGAGCCCAGCGAAACAAAGCCCGACGGGUCAUGGUACAGCGGGAGGUGCUGAGGAUGUGGCCAGUGCGUUGCGGGGUGGCGAGAUCCCGAACGUUGACGUGAUAGAUCCGAUUCCACCAUGUCUGUAUCGCAUUGAGGCAAAGGGUGUGAAAUUAAACUUUUGGGAAGAUUCGAGUGCGAAGGCGAUUUUGCAGAACUCCGUGGGAUUGACAACGAUGGAAAUGACGGCGAUUUACACCGAGGCAACGAAAGAGGAAUUGAACGUGGAUAUGACGGUAGAAAAGGUUUCGUGCUGGGCUCAGGGUCGUUGUGUGUUUUCGAACGCAUUGGAUACCUCAACUGCGCUGCAAGUGAACUACCGCAAGUAUAUGCUCAAGCCUUAUAGCGGUGCGUGUUUAGUGAAAAUCAGCCCGGUGGAAUACGCAUAUUACAACCAGGAUUUGUUAAAAUUUGUGCGUUAUUUGUCUGGCAGUGUUUUAGAAGCGAUUGUGAAAAAGUCCUAUGAAGUAGCUAAGACCAUCGCCCAGCAGAAACAAUUUUACUGGGCUGUCGUCAUGGACUCGCCCGAGCUCAUAAUGCCCGAAGACAAAACUAUCAUCCCUCAGAUCUGGAAAAAAUUCCAACAAGAAAUCGCCAAAGACGGCGCUGACUUCUUCAAACGUCUUGGCGGCUACCGUAGCGCUGACAUACAUUACCGUGCCUGGGAGCACAAGCGGUACAAGCAGCGCGGUUUGGACACACUUCCGAGUGCGACCCAACUCUAUGGAACGGAGCUCAAUGCGACUCAACCAAGUGUGGGUAUAAUGGGCGGUGAGAGAGGAGAGGGCAGCACGGUGGAGACGGUCCAGACCAUGAAGAUGCGUGCCCUUGCUUUCGGUGCGGACCAAGACUUAAGCAAAGACUUGAGUAAAGACUUGAGUAAAGACUUGGGCAAAGAUUUGGGUAAGGACUUGGUGGAUUUGUUCCAGCCGAACUUUGCUGGUGGCGUGUGUGAGGCACACGCGAACCUGUUCAACCCGCCGAACGGGCACGGGCCGGUUGCGGACUUGUUACAUUCGAACGUGGAUCGGUACUAUUGGGGUGCCUACGUCAAGGCGACAUUAUCGAAGCUGGUGAUUGGGAACCUGGGGGAGAAUGAUCAGGGUGAGAGCAAGUUGAGCGUGAGCCUGCAUGGCUUUUCGCUCAGCGCACAUGGCAGCUAUGGCUUUUAUAGCGAUAAUGCCACCACUAACUCAGAAUGCGUCACGGGAACUCUGCUAGACCCCUUCGACCUGAAUUUGGCCAUCGACUCAGACCCCUUAGGCCACUUGCUUGUGGACUCCGUGGCUACCCCGCUACAUGCCAGACUCACUCGAAAACAACUAGCUGUCGUACUCGACGUCCUCAACGAAAACAUCUCCGGCGGAGGUUACAACCCGCAACCGGUGGAGUCUCUCGUCCCAUCCGCCGAAUCUGUACAAGACAUGUCGCCCACCAAAUUCUCCCUCCGUCUUUCCGUCCCCGACAUGCUCCUCGGAGCACUCUUCACAGAGACGAGACCUCUCUUCUCCCUGGCAGUCAAGGACAUCGAAUUGGCUGCUGACGCAGCUCUGUACUAUGCAUUUAACAUAUACGGUUUCGGUCUGAUGGGCGGUAGCGUGACUUUGAUGGAUGAGCGAAUAGGUUCCGUUAAUUUGAACAAACAGUUUUGCAAGACCACGGACUUGCGAGGGAGCAAGGGCAACAUGGAGUCAGCCUACGACGUCCCCUCCAACCUUCCUUCGGAUCUCCCCUCCAACCUUGCUUCCGGCAACCUCCCGUCCGGUCGCCCGUCCAAUCUACCAUCUGGCGUCCCGUCGGGUGGUGCGACGGUGGAUGAUCAGUUGCCUGCUGCGGCUUGCAUGACUGACGGUUCAUGUAACAGCAGUCGUGCGGCAGAGCUAAUGGCGAAGUUUUAUUGGCUGCCGAAGGAGAGUUUCGUGUUCAACUGGUAUCGAUCGAUACCAGAGUUGUCAGACUACAGUUUCCGUCUCUUCUUUACCUCGAACUUAAGUCAGAGCCGACUGGAAAUUUCUGUGUUGCACGCCCAGUUCCAAUUCCUCGGAUUAUUGGGACUGGAUGCUUUCGAGUGGGUCGUCAGUUCGCUUGGCUUCAGUUCCCUUAAGGCUUACCCGAAACCCAUUACAGCCGUAAUGAAGAACCCGAAAACCAAAAAGGUUGCCUCCGUCCGGAACACUUCACCCCGUUCCGUCGUCUCGCCUCGUGCCUCCCCCACCGCCGGGGACGCGGAGCCUGGUGCCGAGAAGACCCCUACACCGGCUAAGUCCAAAUCAAAACAGAUUCUACAACGGCGCUCGAAUUCCCCCGUUCUAAGUCCGUUCAAGAGCAGCACACUCAAAAGCAGCCCGGUCAAGAGCAGCUCUCACAAGACGGGCAGCAGCCCAGUUAGUCGGGUCGAGGACGUAGGGGUGAGCGGUGGACGUGUGGCGUUGCCCGAGAACAUUCCUUUCCUCUUCGACAUCUUAUGCCAUCGCGCACGUGUCGCUUUGCCUUGCGCCGACGGUGCCUCCUGCCUCUCUUGGACCACCGACCUCGUCGUUCGCGGUGUCUCGGACGUCACCGGUGUCACCUUCCCGCAGCUGAACCUCCUCGAUGGCCAGGUCUUCGUCGAACGGGGUGAUUCAGGUCGCAGCGACCUAGGUCGUCACGACCUAGGUCGUCACGACCGGAGGGGUUCGAGUCCCGGGGGCGGGAGAUUAGGACCUGUGUGUGAGGGGUUGAGUUUGGUUGGCGGAGGUGGAUAUAAGAUGUUGUAUGAUCCUGUGUGGCAGCGUGUGCCAGUGAAGCCACGGCACACGCGUUUGCAAUCGUUAAAUAAGCACUUGUACGGAUUUCUGGCUGAAGAUGUGGCGCACGCAUUUUUUGUGGCGGAAGGAUACUUCACAUUCAAGGUGGCACCUAUCCGAGCUCGUGUGUCCGUCGUUGAUUUGCCAAUAGUGCGUGAGGCUGUGUCGUUAUUGUUCCAGGACAUCCCGAGUGCUUCAACGGGCGAGGCGGCGCCAACCAUCACACCACCGGUGUAUGUAAAGCAGAGCAGUGGACCCUUCUGUCAUCCCUCGGAUCAGUCGAUGUUUCGUUUCUUUAAUGUGGAAGUGGCGUUACCGGAGGUUCGUUUGGAGUGUAUUGAGACCAAGUCCGCACAGGGUAUAAAAGUCCCCGUGUUCGCCCUCGAUCUUACGGAUAACGUCCUAUUCGUUGGUUGGUGCCCUCAGGCAUUGCUCGUGGACCUUGAAAGGUGCGACCUUCGCGUCCUUCACUAUAACCUUAACGGUGGUGACUGGGAACCUUUCGUCGAGUCCUGCGUUCUCCACGCUUCCCUACGACGUACCAGACCUCUUAAACGUGUACUCGAGUUCUUGCGCGAACAACUCGUCCUCCGCACAGGCUUGCUCCAAGCCAACUCCAGCACGACACCCGCCCUACUCGCCAACGGCGAACCCGUCCUUGUCUCGCCCCUGACACUCCCCCUACCGUCCCGACCAGGCAUACCACCACCGUUGCCUGGCAACCAUCUCCAAGCCCCCGGCAGCGGGCUUGCCACCAACGGACUUGCCGUCGGCAACAGACUUGCGGUCGCCGCUGUGAACACUCUGGCCCCCAGUCCUACUCCGGCGCCCAGCAGCGUCCAGUCGCUCGUCAGCACGAGCAUGUCGCCCCCGAUCCUUACCGAAACCAUCCACGAACGCGUGGAGAAAGACCCCACCUUCCAGGCAAUCCAGGCACACAUUUGGGAUACAGGAGGCCACAAGACCCGAAAACGACCCGUACAUCAAGAACGACUCUCUUUCACUAAGCCACUUACUCUCAAUCUCACUCCCAGAAUAAUCCAUGAUAGUUUAUGGAUUAUGGCCAAACUCAAAAGCGGACCGGAGAUGCAAGAAAUCACAACCGGCGAUCGAACUGGCUCAGUAACCGCCGUCAAUCUCAGUGGCGUUCAACUCAUUCUUCUCAGACUCAGGUCCCAGUUUAUACCCGCCUUUGACUCAGACUCAGAACAAAAAGGCAAAACUGAGACUGAAGGUCAAACUGCGACUGAACCUUCGGAGAAGAAAGGUCAGACUGAAGGUCAGACUGAAGGUCAGACUGAAGGUCAGACUGAAGGUCAGACUGAAGGUCAGACUGAAGGUCAGACUGAAGGUCAGACUAAAGGUCAGAAUGAAGGUCAGAUUAAAGGUCAGAAUGAAGUUGGGAAUAACACUCGGGGUGAGGCUACGAUGGACGCGAAUGAAGAUAAUCCUUUCGGUUCAUUAGAGUCAUUGAGUAAUUUGACUCCGUCCAAGUUGGAGGAUUUCGAGAAGGCGCCGGAUGUGCCUAAGAUAAUGAGGAAUUCGUACAAAACGUGUGUGUUGGAUAAGGGAUGUCGUCCGUUGGACGACUUCCUUUCAUCAGCCUUGUUACCGCACGUGUCGGAGGACCCGGAUGUGUCCAAGGCGGCGGCGAACAUUGAGGCGUCGGGUGCAGAUUUGUUUUGCUGCAUUUUACCGGACCCAUAUACGGUGCGUGUGGUGCGUGAUAAGAUUAUGGCGGAGGUGCCUGCGGGUUACAUAGUGAGAGAGAAGGCGGUGGAGCGCGCUCUGAUCAAACUGCAUGACGUGAACAGCUGCAUUAACCGUUUUAAAAACGAGUGUGUGCUCCGGGAUCAACGCCUAUCCACACUAACUGGUCCGGGGAACGUGGGCCCCACCACUGCGAUCGAGCUAGAUCCCGUGCCCGAAACAUUUGGUGGCGUCGCAGUUGGAGCCGAACUGACCCUGAUCAAUCUUCAGAAAGCAAACGGUGCUGAACUCAUGGCGCCCCCGCGCGCCCGUCCGGUCCUCGACGACGCCGCUGUAGGUCUCUCCGUCCUGUCCAAAUACUCAAGCCGUCCUGUCCCCAGUGUGGGACCUCCUGCUGGGCGUCUGGCCGUCGGCAUCGGCUCUGGCUCCAACUCAGGUCCGGCGCGAUUGGUGGACGCCGCGAUACCCACAUAUGAGGACGUACCGGUGGUGGCGCAGUUGAUAAGUCCUAAACCGGCUACGCAGUUAUUGUUUAUCAGUUCGCCGGUGACUGUGCAGAACGCAGCGCGCGUGUUUCUGGAGUGCGUCUUCGUGAAUCCGCAUACACAGAGGCCGUUUCCGCUCAAGUCAUGUGCUACGCAACGCUGUCCACUUUCGUUGCUAGCGAACCGUGCGGCGCCACAAGCGUCUGAAACGCGGCUUCUGUCCUACCGUGAGUGUUUCUCGAGCUGGCCGGAACUUAUUGGGGACUAUUGCGGUCUGGUGUCGGUUUUAGACUCGCUCGAGACGACCUACUCCGUUCCACUCCCGCCCGAUACCAUGCUAAGCGUGCCCGUGGAGGCCUUCAGCAGCGGACGCGUCGUCCUUGUCUUCCGGCCGCUGGCCCACCUCUGGGACGAAAUUGACGGCCUCGAACCCCGUUCUGAAACCCGGACAGGCCUAGGAAGACGGAUUGGACUUGGGCGACCCGCCCCCGCCGGCUCGGAAUCUCUGCGCGCCAAGGUGUUGCAGGUGGUGUCUUCCUACAGCCAGGGCGGACUGCUCCAGCGAGGAUUCACGGCACCGGUGGACAGCGUGCAGUCCUUUUCGGACACGGCUCAGCGCGGGAAUCGGGUGCAGCGCGCGGACUCGGGGUUGUUUGACUACCGGGUCUCGCAGCGUUUCCGGGAACAGGGCCCGAGUCACUCCCGUCGCGUUGUCGUAGACGGUAAGCCGACGUACUUCGACGUAGGCUUCUUUCGGAAAGUGGCGCCGCUUCCAGCCAAAACGGCGGUGCAAGAAAUCCUCAUUCUGCCCAGCUUCACUUUUAUCAACGCCUGUCCCGUUGCCCUAGUGGCUCGUUGUGCUGCUCAGGUCACAAAGAACCCUAGUGGCAACCUCCGCCUAAGUUCUGACACUGGCGCUGUCCGUUCCGGAGUCCUCCGUCCCGGCCAGGUCCACUUCUUCUUCGACUGCCCACCCCCCGCGGUCUGGAACACCCUCCACGUCUCUGUCGCCAUUACCGCUUCCGAAGAGUCGGGUUCCAGCACAGCCUCGGGUUUCAGCACAGCCGCGGCCAUCUGUGUGCCCGAAAAUCGUUUCGUUCAAGACACAAGAGCUCAGACCACACACAACGGCGCCGAUGAUAACAAUGCGGCUGUCAACGCAGCCGCGUCACGGGACCCGGAAUUGGACGACGAGUUGCCGGUGCACAAGUUGUUUAUUACAGGCAGCAUGAAGUACGCUGAUGUGGUGUUGGAAGCACGACGUGACGCGGCCGAUGUAGCGGCAUUUCUACCAGAGUUAGUGCACGUACGUCAGCAAGUAUGUGUCGUAUCUGCUCCCUAUUGGGCUGUGAACCGUACGGGUCUCAACCUUUCACUUCAGAACGAAAGUGGACACCGAUUCUGGCCAACUGACACCCAUGCUUUUAACGGUAUGUAUUUAGCCGAGGAGGGAACCAAGUUCCAAAUCUCCUGCGGUAUCACCGGACCUGGUAGACCUCCCUCCGCCAAAGUGCCCCUUCCCGCACUCGGUGAAAGCAGUCUGGCCACCGUCGAAAUUAAUGAGCGAGAGGACGCAUUGUUCACUAUCAAGUGCGAGCGGAUCAACCUCGCAGACACCGCCGGCGCCCUCUCCAGACUCAUCACCGUCAGCAGCAAAUUCAUCUUCACCAAUAACUGCCCCUGGCCCAUCCUCAUUCGCAGAACUAGACCCUCGCAACAAGAAAAUGCCUACCUCGAUCGAAAAACCACCAGCAGUGCCCUUGGAGGCCGUCCUGGCGGUCCUGGUACUGGUACUGGUGGCCGUCCCGGUGGUCGUCCUGGUGGUCCUGGUACUGGUGGUCCUGGUGGUGGAGGCAGUCGCCCGGGCGGGGCUACAACAGACCAAGGACCGAGCGCUGAAAAUCGAGAUACAUUGCGCAUAAUGCCGGGAGAGACGGUGCCGAUGCGCACCAUAUUCAAGCCUAAGACGCCGACUAUUUACUUCCGACCCGACCCCCAGGCCACGGGGACCAAGUUUGCAUGGUCGCAAGAAAUUUACCCACUCGAACGUUGGAUGGGCGAUAACCACAUCUACAUUUCCGAUUCGUCAAAGGAACAACACACGUUCGUUGUCCGGAUCCUCAGCUACGACUCCAUCAGCAACGUCGUCAUCCGGCUGUUGGAAAGCCCGCAUGAAAUCGGUGAGACAGGCGUUUACAUUAACAACCUCUUUCCGCCUGAGUCGCAGGUUUCCGCCUGUGUCCUGCCGUAUCAUAGUGAAAGCAAAGAAAACGGUGGGCGCGGCAUGCUUCUGCAAGAUUGCAUUCCCCUCGACAACGCGUCCGAAACUAGACGGACCAGAAACGAGCCUGCUGCCGGCCCGGGUAGCCAACUUGUUCUCGGUAGCCAACUUGGCGGCAGUAGCCCGACUGGCGUCGCCAGUCAAGCAGGUAAUCAUCCUGGUAGCGCAGCAGAGAUGUCCCGAACGGCCGGUGAUCGGUCUUCUCGGCGGCAAGUGCGGGUAGUCGGGCCAGGUACGAGGCAAGUAGUAUCAUGGAUCCGUCCUUUUGUGAACAAGUCACGUAUGAUGGCGGUGGUGCUACGGAUCGAUUCGGAUACGUAUUUCCCGAAGAGUCCGACUUUAUUGAGUGCAAUUGAUGGUUUCAAACCGCGUACAUUAAAUAUUGAAUACAGCCAGAUGCGUGAGAGCGCGAAGGAGGUGGUGAAGUUUUGGUUAGGUCAGGGCCGGUGUGUUGAGGCGACGCUGAUGAUGGAGAAGCGUGGUGAUUGUGUGAUCGUAACUAUCGGGCCAUCAGAUGUGUUGCGAAAAAUGGAUACAAGAAUUUCGAUUUGGAAUCCGUUGACUGGUAGUCUGGAGAUGAAUGAAACAGAUCGGGAGCACUUGGUAGACGUGCAGAUAUGUCGUUUAGGAGUAUCAUUGAUUAGUGAGAAGUUACGGGAAGAGCUUAUUUUUGCGGAGUUAUCCCAUUUGGAGAUGCAUUCUUCUCUGAAGCGAGACACGCAAAAGCUGAUUGUCUGGAUUACCGGUAUCCAAGUUGACCUUCAGGCUGGUGGUGGCAAAGUCUUGUUUGCUAAUCGCGGUCGUAUGAGCAUGAACGGUCCCCAGCCCUUUUUGUCAUUGGAAGUGGAGCGUCCUUGUGUGAGCUCGCGUGACGUGUUGCUAGAGAAGAUUACAGUGGGUUUAGAUGAUAUGGAAUUGGAUGUGGACACUGAAGUAAUGUUAUUGAUCCAGGAUUUUUAUCGUGAAUGUCUGAAGAGCCAAGGCUACACGUUGACGAGUCAGGGAAUAGGUCUGAAGGAGUUGAUGAGUAAAUAUGUAGGUAUAGCACACUAUACCAAUUAUAGCCCCCCUGAAUUACCUCCUUGUGUGAGUAUGGACCGGGCAUUGGUACCGUCAUUUACAGUACAUUGCUGGUGUUCAUUUGUCGUGGAUAAGUUAGCGUUUCUGGGAGAUACAAUUAUAUUGGUGCUGAAGAUCAUUACAUUGGGACAGAGAUUUGAUUUAAAGGGAGCACCAUUAAAGUUCGAGACGCAGAAUAUUAAGGAGCCUAUGCGUGGGAGUUUGUGGACGAUUGUACAUAGUCUACAAGGCACAUACACAUCACAGGUGUUUAACUCCAUCGCGGUGUUGCUUGGCUAUUCUUCGUUGUUGGAUAUCCCUCGCAUCCCUAUGGAGUUACUAAGGACUGGCGUCGAUGCCGGUCUCUCCACUUUCAGUAACGUAACCAGCACUGUCGGCUCGCUCCUCUCGAGCCUGACCAUGGACAAGGACUACAUCAACAGUCGACAGCGCGAUCGGAGGCACGCGACCUCUCUCACAGGCGGACUUCAAGCGGCAGCAAAGAACUUCGGAGAAGGCUUUAUGAGCAUCGGGAACGUCAUCACUAAACCUGCUGAAGGCUUCCGCAGAGACGGCACAACCGGACUCGUUCGCAAUAUCCUCCCUGGACUCAUGGGCACGGUAGUUAAACCCGUCGACAAACUCGGACAAGCCCUUACCAAUGUUGUCUCAGGAGUACGCGCUGAAUACGUAGAAAAAUCCGCUUCUGAAGGCAAACAAGUCCUCCAGCGCAAACGGAAACCGCGCAUGCUCUGGGGAGAACACGGCCAAAUCCGCGAAUACCGCAACAGCGAAGCCAAUGUCCGCCACGCCUUGGGCCCACAUGUCCGCGGCGUCAUCGAAUGCUUCCAACUCACCACCAGACGAGCCCAGACGCUGUGGCUCGCCUUCUACCCAAACCGAAUCGUGUUGUUCCGAGAAGCUCACCAGGACGAAGUCUCGUCCGCCGAACCUCACUGGGUGUGCGACGUUAGCGGGAUCGACCAAGUUGCCGCCAGCACACACGGCAUCACCAUCCACAACAGGAGUCAGCGGUACCAAAUUCCCUGCGCUGACCCUCUGCUACUCAGCAGACUAUAUCAGCAGAUACAAGCUUUGCGGAACGCGCUAAACAAUGUAGUCGUCGCCAAUUCUUGGGGUCUCAAAACAGUGAAUAAGUAA